AUGGCCGCGCCGAACUCGCUUCAGACGCCGCUGCUCGAGCAUGUCGAAGCGCCGACUGCCGAGCUGAACGUGCCAGCGCAGGAGCCCGCGCCCGCAGACGUAGACGCGGAGGCCGCGUGCGAGCAGGAGCGCGAUGAGCGCGCGCAUGCGGCCAUGUAUGCGCGUUUCACAGAGCCCCAGAAGCGACUUAUACUGGCGCUCGUGUCGUUUGCGGGACUCACGCAGAUGUUUGUUACGGGAAGCUUCAUUACGAGUAUACCAGCCGUCGCGCGUGAGUUCGAGUCCACUCCCGCUCUGAUUAAUCUAGCAGUGAGCGCGUCGAUUAUAACGGGCGCCUUCGGCAUGCUUGUCUUCUCGACCUAUAGCGCCUGGUAUGGCCGCCGACCGAUCUUCCUGACGAUGCUGCCUAUCCUGAUCCUGGGCUCGAUCGGAACCGCCGCCGCACAUUCUGUACCGUCAUUGGUGGCGUGGCGCAUUGUGCAAGCGUUCGGCGCAUCGGGUGGCUUCUCCGUCGGUGCAGGAGUCAUUGCGGAUGUCUUCCCGCUCGAACAGCGUGGUCGAGCGACCGGCAUAUUUUUCUCCUUCGCCUUCCUUGGACCCGCCCUCGCACCCUUCGUCGGUGGCGCCGUCGCGCACUACGCAUCAUGGCGCAUCAUGCAACUCUCUAUCGGCGCCGCUAGCCUCAUUGCUCUCAUCCUCUUCGCCAUCUUCUUCCCCGAAACGAGCCAGCCUCACUCGCGUGGGAUCGACAAGUUGCGCGCGGAGGGACACGGUUCCUCUGAGCGGUCGCCGCUACUGGGAGAUUGUACUGAGGACGAGGAUGGGCAGGAGAAGGAGAAGUUCAAGUGGGUGUGGCUGAACCCGUUCGGGUUCUUGGGCCUCUUGAGGGGUCCGAACGUGAUGGCUGUGGUGAUAUGCGCGACGGUCAUACUCAUGGCCGAGCACCUGCUGUUGAACCCGCUUGCGUAUACUUUGGGCGCGCGAUACGGGAUCUCCAACGAAGGCCUCAUCGGUUUAUGCUUCCUCCCCUCCGGCGUCGGCAACAUCAUCGGAGCACCUAUCGCCGGUCGACUGUCCGACAUAAUCAUCAUCCGCGCCCGUGCAAAACGUGGGACGUGGGUCCCCGAAGACCGCCUGCGUGCGAGCGUGCCUGGCGUAGCAGCGCUCGUGCCCAUAUCCCUCCUCGGAUUCGGGUUGACAAUCAGGUUCAUACCCGGAACAGCCGGUCUGGUUGUCUGUCUGGUGCUGCUCUUCAUCCACGGAGUAGGCAUCGACUACUCACUCACGCCAAUGUCCGCCUACCUCGUCGACAUCCUACACUCCCAAAGCGCGCAGAUCACAGCCGCGUCCGCAUGUGUCAGGCAGUUGAUCAUCGGCGUCGCGACGUCGGCGUUUAUACCCGCCAUCGAGCGUAUCGGGGUGUGGUGGACGAAUGCGAUUGUUGCAGGGCUUAUUUGGUGCUCUCUUGUGCUGUAUCUCGCGACGAUCCGGUUUGGAGAUCGGAUGAGGGCGUGGGUCGAUGUUGGGUACUCGACUGCGGCGAACAACUAG